GUGUCUGGCCCUGCCGCGCUGACGGACGCGGCCUGGGGCUGCCCCUGCCGCGACGGGUCACGCCUGCUGGCGCUCGCGGCCGUGCGCGCCGUCUGGGUGGUCAGGUUCCACGGACCCGCGGGCUCCUCCGCGGCGAGGCCGAGCCUCGUCGCCUGGCUCGACCUCGGGGCGUGCGCGCUCGGCCUGGGCCGCGUGCUGUCCGUGGCCUGGCUGUGGUCGCCCGGCCGCCAGAGCCCAGCAUUGGUUUGUUCCCCGGCAUCUCGACGCCAUCCGAGGCAUCGGCAUGGCCCGUGCGCCCCGGCGAAGGCCCCGCGACCGUGGCCCUAUACGAGCGGCCGCAGCUCGUGGCCGGCGCGUUGCCCGACCGCCUGCUCUGCCUCGAGGUGCACUCCCGCGCCAGCCUCUUCGGCACGCCGAGUGCCGCGAGGGCCCCGUCGUCGCUGCAGCUGCCCGUGGGCCCGCGCGCUCGGGUCCGCACCCGCUGCGCGGGCUUCCCCGAGGCGCUGGCGACCGAGGGAGAGGUCGACUGGCGCCUGGCGCCCGCGGAGCUGCCGCGGGGCCUGCCCGAGGCGGCAGCCCGGGAGCUGUGGGCGGCGGCCACCUGCAGCGAGGCCUCCGCGGCACCGCGCAACCGCAAGCGCACUG